AUGGCCUCCUAUGCAUCUGCAACACCAAACAAUUCUUUAAAACAUGUUGAAUGGAUGUGGAAAGCAAAUCCAAAUUCAUUUUCGUCAUCCGAGCCAACCAUAUGGAAUCAUUAUUCGGAUUUAGAAAAUUUAAUCAUCGAAGAAGCAUUUCAAAGCAAACAACAACGAGCUUUAUUGGAUGAUUAUUAUAUUGAUUUCGAAAGUAAUCUGCAAAUAUCGAAUACUGAUGAUUAUAGGCAAAGACCAAUAGAACGAGUCGUGCGCGAGCGACAAGACAAACAUCUACGAGAAACACGUUUUAUGGACCUUCCUGUUAGUACUGAACGUUCGUUUGGUGGUCAAUACGGUUGGACAAGUCCCUUUGUCAUCGAAGUCAGAAGAGACCUGAAACUUCAACCAGAUGAUUUACCUUCAAAAAAGCCAAACAUGAUUCCGAUGCUUAUUGAAAAAGCUGCUUGCGGUAUCGUUGAAGAAGGAAAACAUAUUGGAAAACAACGAGAAGCCGAAAAAUUAGCUAAAAUGCUAAGAGAAAAGAAGAACGCUGGUAUGGAGGAAGUAUGGAAACUUUGUGUUUAUCUUUACACAUUGGAAAGUUUCCUCUACAAAACAUUGAAUGCAGCAAUGAGAUUAGUUGGAGAUAAAGGACAUGAACAAGUAUGGCGAAGUAAAGUUCGUACAUUAGGUCCAUUCUGUUUACUACUCUGGGAUGAUCCAUUUAAUCAAAAAGUGACAAUUAAAAAGACACUUUAUCGAGGAGCCGAACUGACGAAAGAACAGAUCGCUAAAUAUGAAGCUAUGGCCAAAGAUAAAGAGGCAUUUGGGUCAUUUCAAGCCUAUACAUCUUGUAGUCGCAAUCGUAAAAAAGCCGAAGAAUUUGGAAACACAUUAUUCAUUAUGGAAGUGAUGUAUGCCUUUAUUGCUGAUCUCAGUCCAUUAUCUGAGUAUUCUGAAGAAGAAGAAGAACUUAUUACACCAGGUGUUUGCUUUCGGGUUAAAAGCGUUGAAUUCAAUCGCAAGACAAAGAAAUAUUUGAUUCACUUGCUACUUCAACAACGAUUUUCACUUAAACAUAAAACCGAUCUACAAGUCGCUGACAAGAGAAAAAAACCAAGCGACGACUAUCAUUCACAAUCGAAUAUAUCACUAAGACAGGCCGCGACAGCUUAA